AGCGGGGCAAAAACUAGGGGAAAAGUGGCGACAGAGGGGCAGCAGGGACAGUUUAUCGUUUGAGGACCUUCGCGGGCGGAAGCAGAACGGUGACAGAAGUUUGUGCUGCGGAACACAAGCUUUAAUGACGGCGCUGAAACAGUGUCAGACGAGGCUCAGACUUCGAGGUUUUAACCAGACAGUGAAGUGGUAUGACGGAGCUUUGAAUAGAGACAGAGCCUGCAGCUUGGUGGAGGCUCCGUGGAGUGUUUGUUCAGCCAUGUCGAGGCUGACAGGUGUCCGGACAUCAGCCUGUUUCCACCGUCUUACCGCUCCAUCUUCUGGCAGCUUGGAGAAGCCGCCAUUGAGACGGAGACUGAAGGUUGUCACUGUUUCUGCUGCAGCACAGAGGACCGCCAGAGAUCUAAGGACCUCAGUCACAGCCCCCCAGUAUGAUCUGAAACCAGAUGUACCGAACUCUGAAGGCCGGAGGCUGUUUUUCGAUACACAUGCGGUGGUGCGACUGCUUGAGGAAAACGGUUUUACUACUCAGCAAGCUGAAGUGUUGGUUAAAGUACUGGUGACGAUGACAACCUCCAACAUGGAUGUCAUUUAUACUGACAUGGUAACCAAGGUGCAGCAGGAGAUCAUGUUGCAGCGUGUGAUGUCUCAAAUUGCAGCUGUAAAGAAGGACAUGAUCAUCCUUGAGAAGAGUGAGUUCUCUACUCUGCUGGCAGAGAAUGAGAAACUCAAGAUCCAGUUAUUACAGCUCAAGGUCCAACUGGCUGACGUCAUGAAUCAAGUGCGCUCGGACACUAUUUUGGAUAUGAAUUUGGAGAAAAGUCGUGUGAAAGAGCUGAAAGCAGAGCAUGAGAAGAAGCUUCUAGAAGCACGAACUGAGAUCAUGGAAAUGACUGCAGAACAGGAUCGCCAUCUGACUCAGACAAACAUGAAGAUAGACACUGAAGUGGCUGGUUUGAAAACUAUGUUAGAGUCUCACAAACUGGAUACUAUCAAGUACCUUGCAGGUUCAGUGUUCACCUGCCUCACUGUAGUGUUGGGUUUCUAUCGUAUUUGGAUGUAAACAGGACCUUGAAUGUUGACUAUGUGACCUAUGCUAACAUUUGAAGGUUCAAUGCAUCCUUCCAAAUCGAACAACAUUCAAAGACUAACUGUUUUUCGCUCUGACCUCACUUUGUUGGAUUAAUUUGCAUUUACUGGUGCGAUCAUAUUCUUUCCUCAGAAGAACAAACAAUGGAAGAACAGCUCUCCCACCUGUUCACUGGUGGACAUUUUGUCCCCUUGCACUGUUGUUUUUUUGUUUUUUUUUUGGUGGUCCAUUGCUAUUCCUGGGCUGCUGGAACAAAGCUGAUAAAUGCACUUAUUAAAAAUAUUGUAUGUUUUAUUCUGACUGAUGCCGUUUGAAAUUGAGGAUGAACUUUUUUAAUGCCAUGCAUUUUUGUUAUAUGCUUAUAUUUCAAGCUGUAGCUGCUGGAGAUAAAUUUGAAGGUGUUUCUGAAUGUUAAUAUCUCUGGUACACUUAUAUAACUAUUUAACUUGUGGUUUCAGAAAUGCUACAAGAUUGUUGGAUAUUAUUUAUUAUUUAAAUAAAGUUAAUUGUACAUAAAUGUAAACUUUGUGUGAACAAUUAGUUUUCAUUUGUGGAACUGUGUAAAGCUCAUGUUGAUUUAAUGUAUUAUGUUUGGGUUUUAAAAUAUAUUGACAAUCCUUAAGCAAUAAAGUGAUGAGAAACAAAUGA